AUGCGCCUCCAAUAACACGAGCGUUGCACAAUGUGGGGUCGCGAUGCUGAGGCCUCAAAGUCACGGAGUUGUACCGGCGAACUGACAGACAAAAGUCACAUUUAAGCUCUGCUGUAGUCAGAUUUGGAUAUAUAGGAUAGCCUGCAAUAAGGCAGUGACCUUUUGACGAGGUCCACAUUUGCCAGCCCCCUUUCCUCUGUAGUUCAGAUUCAGAGGUCCAUCAUGUCCACCCAGAUUUGUAGAGUGGUGGAGUUCAUGGUGCGCUCUACUUGCUGCCAGACCAUCAGAAGAACGGCUUCCUCUGGACUCUGUGUUUAUCGGGCUCCGGUGCUUCUUAAAAGGAACUACAGCCUGGACUCGCACUCUUUGGUCCCUGGUCGCUCCCAACAGCCCUGUGCAGACAAGACAUCCACCUCUUCAGCAGUCACACACAGAAACCUGUCUGCUGUGGCCGUACAGGGCCAGCGCCGUCCUCUGUGCCAGUAUGACUUCCUGGACAUCAAAGAGGUAGAGGAGAAUAUUCGCCUUGCUCAGGCCUGUAAAAAAAUUAGAUCCUUCAUAGUGGAUCCUGAUCUGGCUGAUCUGAUAACGCAGCGUCUGGGACCCUUGGAUACCAAAACUGUCAUAUUCGAAUGUAACCCAGGGCCUGGGGUGCUGACGAGGACACUGCUAAAUGCUGGAGCACAGAGAGUUGUGGCUCUUGAAGGUCAUAAGAUCUUUCUACCUGAGCUAAAGAAGCUGGAAAGCUGCCUUGAUGGUCAGUUGGAAGUGAUUCACUGCGACUUCUUGAAAUUAGACCCCAUUGGCAACGGAAUCCUAAAACCUCCUGCCAUGCUCUCUGACAAAUUGUUCACCGACUUGGGAAUAUCAGAGACUAGCUGGACUGAUGACGUCCCGGUGAAAGUGGUGGGUAUCCUGCCCCAGCGGAAAGAGCGCGGCAUGCUGCUGAAGAUGGUUUAUUCUUUGUUUGAACGGCAGUCUAUCUACAGAUAUGGCAGAAUAGAGCUCAACCUCUUAAUGAGUGAGAUGGAAUACCUGAAACUGGUUGCACGUCCAGGUGAUAUGAUGCACUACAGAGGCUUCAGUGUCCUAUGGCAGAUGGCCUGUGAUAUUGAACUACUGCACAAGGAGCCCAGGGAGUCAUUUAUGAUAUCUUCAAAACGGCGUACAUCCAGCCCUAAGAGCAGUCUUCCCAAUGACAACCUGUGCCUGGUGCGCCUUCGUCCGCGGAAUGAUCUGUUCUCUACGGGCCUCACUCCGUCUAAUGCUCCAGCUCUGCUGAUGAUGAUCAGACAGUGUCUGACAAAGAGAAAGGCCAGGCUCAUUGAUAGGCUCAAUCUCUGGUCUCCAGAUAGUGGGAGUAAGCUGUUAUCUGAGAUGGGCAUGCUGGAGGACACACUGACAGGCCAUGUAUAUCCAAAGGAGUACCUUCAACUGUUUCUGCUGAUGGACAAGAGUGAGGCGUUCUCACGGAGCUGGCUUUAUGAGGAGACAUUUAUGAACACAGAAAAGAUUGGUUGGGCCUAAAUAUAUAAAUAUAGACAUCCUGAUUGUGUAUAUAGUUUUUUAAAAAAAAUGAAAUACAAAAAGUAAAAAAAAACAAACCCAAAUGUAUAGUAAUUUAAUAUAAAUGAGACUAAUUUGUGAUUUCAAAUGGGGACACAGUAGAUACAUAAAACAGAAACAGAAAAGAUGCAUCAUGCAGAUGUUCAGGUAUUUUUUAGGUAUGUUACCUGACUUAAUACACUGACAGUGAUUGAAAUGAUGAAAAUGUUUGUGGCUACUUUACAGCUAUGGAGGAAUGACACCAACUGACCAUCUGUGUUGUCCUGAACUGGGAUUCCCAUGAAUUGAAACUUAAAUGCCUCCUUCUGUGUCCUCAUGUGAGAUUUUCUUUUUUUGAUUGCCAGUGGGAAAAAAUGGGUUUCUGCAAUGAAAAGAUUUAAAAUCAUCACUGAACAAAGGUUUUUAUGAUUAGUCAAACCAUGUUUAAAAAGAAAAAAACCCUUAACUGAGAUGAGGAGAAAUCUCAUCUAUGCAGUAGGUCAUGCAAACAUCAUAAUUUAGAAAUGUGCAUGUACUUUGUUGAAAUAAUUAACACAGUUAACUGCAGUUUUGCUGAUGCAAUAUAGUGUCACAAGACUAACCCAGAACACAGCCUUGCAAAUAUUCUGUAUAAUUUUCCAGACUGACACCUUUAGGGGAGAAACAGUGCAGGAACACAGAGGAUGUUUUUCAUUGAAUAACAUCAUACCUUGUAUAUUUUUGUAUAUUCGUUGUGAGUGCAUAAACUUGUUUAAAUGUCUUGUAUGGAAUGUGUGAUUUAUUCUGCGGCCUGGAGGAUUGAACUGAAAAACUCCCAAUUGCAAGUUCCCCUUUGGGCUGGUCAUAUGCUUUCAAAAUUUUUCUGUUUUUGGGAAUUGUAUCUUGUGUCAUGAAAGCCUGAGUAUCUGUUUCCAUGCCAUACUUGCAAAGCAGUAGAAUAUUGUGAUUCAGAAAUAAAUUAUUUUAAUGUAAAGACCA